AUAGACUGCACUUGACAUAGAUGACUAAUUUUUAUGAUAUGUUUCAUAAGGAAUGCAUGUUUUCAAUAAAGGAAGGUAUUUCUGGAUGAAAGAGGUGAUAUGACUGGACACUACAUCUGCCAUAUUAGAAUUCCUUGACAUGGAAAUUGUUCUGCUGUGCAUGAUUUAUACAUUUAUAUCACAUCCAGUAACACUAGGCUGUGAUGAUUCUGUGGCCACCGUCAAAUUUGUGGAGAAAUGUCCAGUCAGCAGCAAAGAAUGGACAGCCAAAGCCGCAGAUAAAGCCUGUCAUGUCGUGAAUCAAUCGUGUACCUCUCCUGAUAAUUUCCAGUAUCACUGUCUUAUGAAUCCAUCAAGAGAUUCCUACGUAGAAGUCUGCGCUCCACCACGAAAUUUAAUAGGUGGUUUAUGUCCAGAAUUUAAUUUGUUUGGAUCACGGAUACAGAAUAAUUACAAUGUGGAAUCGGAUUGUAAACAAUUUUCAUCUCCAUGCCCUACAUAUUACAGAUCAACAGAAGUUUACAAAUACCAGGACUGUUUUAUAUCUUUGAGUAAGACACAAUCAACAGAAAGCUCAAAAUACGAAAAAACCGUCAACAAAAUUUCUACAACGAUCAACUCUACGUCCAAGGAGUCAGGGACACUUGAAGAUAAGUAA